AUGCAAGCAAAUCUGAAGCUGAAGGCAACCUUGCCUCGAUCCAAGGACAAGGACGCCGGCGGCAAUACCAAGGACGAAGAGAAAGAAGUCGAACUGAACUUGGACCUUUCAUGGCUAGCCAAUCUCAUCAACAUCGGGCCAGUUGUCGUAGUACCUAAGAGGAAGCUUCUGGUGCUGGGGCUUGCCGGGUUGCUCUGCGAACCGGUCAUGAAACGUGGAAACUCGUUUCGAACCUUCAAGGGUUGGAUGCUGAAAGGACAGAAUCCUGCCACAACUGUUUACGCCACUUGGCCUAACAACGCAGGCCACGAGAACUUUGUAGUUUACAAAAGGCCUCACUGCCAGGAGUUCUUGAAGUUCUGCCUUGAAAGGUUCGACGUGGCAAUCUGGUCAACUGCUGAGAAAUGGUACACAGACAAUGCUCUGGACUGUGUGAUGAGCGGUUUGAAGAUGAGUGACUUCUUGUUCAUUUGGAAUAGAGAAGAGUGCAAGAACUCGGGAAUCAAGAUAUUGAACAAUAACAACGAAUCCAUAUUCCUGAAAGAGUUUAACAAGGUUUUCCAGAAACGUUGGGGGCUUAGAUAA